AUGGUAGCUUAUCUAGAAUUUGGAGGUGCAGAAAUCAAAGGCUCUGAGCGACGCGGCGCAGCUCGCCUGGGCAGUGGGCCGGAAAAGGAAGUUUCCUCUCUGUUCUCGCGGCCCCAAGCUCUCCCUGGGCCCCGGCGGCGCCUCGCUCCGGUCGCGGCUCCUGUCCACGGCCACCCGCGAGUUCUCCCCGUGGAUCUGAUGCCCCAGGGGGCAGCCCUGCAGGCGGGCCCGCUGGCCAAGAUCUAUUUGCUAGUGGCAGGAGUGAUGCUCUGCUCCAUCCCUGCUUGUCCUCUUGACAACAAAGAAAUCUUCAUACAUUUAAGACAGAUGAAAACGAUCCCCUCUCAGUUAUGCCUAGAGCACAGACAUGACUUCACAUUUUCUUGGAGAAGAGAGAAUAUCACCCCAAUCCAGAUGACUCAAGGCACCUGUUAUCACCAACUGAUGCUCCAGCAGAUCUUCAACCUCUUCACCAUGGAGAGCAGCUAUGCUGCUUGGAACAGCACCCUCCUCCACAAACUACUCUCCAGCCUGGGUCAGAGCCUGGAACAGCUGGAAGAAGUGACUCUGGAUUGUCCUGAUUUGGGAAUCGCUGUAUGGAAGUUCCAAGGAAUCCAUCUGUACCUGAAGGGAAAGGCAUACAGCCCCUGUGCCUGGGAGGUUGUCAGAGUGGAAAUUGAAAAUUGCCUUUCCCUCAUGUAA